AGAGCAGCAAGCGAGCACUGAGCAAGCACCUCAGCAAUCUCCCCCCAUUUCUUCCCAUCAGAUUCAUCUCUCAUCUUCGAACUUUCCGUCCCUUGUACAUGAUUCCACGAUCCAUUUUCUGAGCACGAGCAGCCUUUUCUCUUUGAGAGUUGAUCUGUCCAGCCCUACGCACGUCCUCUCAGAUUCGUCGUUCCUGAGCCGCGCUCGCGCGUUGCUUCGACCCUAUAUCGUUGAUUGUGAGGCUUCAGUCCCGCGGACCGUGCAGCUCAGGGCGCGUCCAUCGGGUUGCUUCUUCUAGGAGGAGUUGGACGGUAGCGAUUCGCGUUUGUGAAAUUUUAUUCCACAAUCAGCCAUGUUGGGGGAGAUCCUUAGCGUUCAGCCGGCGGAGUUGAAAUUUCCAUUUGAGCUCCGGAAACAAGUCUCAACGUCGCUCCGCCUGGUGAAUGUGACUUCGGAAUAUGUCGCCUUCAAGGUCAAGACGACAUCGCCGAAGAAGUACUGCGUGAGGCCCAACACGGGACUCGUCCCCCCUCAAAGUAGCGCCGAGGUCGUCGUGACGAUGCAAGCGCAGAAGGAGAUGCCGGCGGACUUGCAAUGCAAGGACAAGUUCCUCGUGCAGAGCGUGCUCGUGCCGGGGGGAGCUCCCAAGGAAACCACUCAAGACUUCUUCAAUAAGGAGAACGGGCGGGAGAUUCACGAGGUGAAGUUGCGGGUGAUCUACGUGGCGCCACCUCAGCCGCCCUCACCCGUGGCCGAGUCAGCUGAGGAGGGUGUCAUCUCACCCAGCCCCUUUCCCACCAGCACCAAGGGUCUCACGCCUGCUGAUCCCAGUGCAAAGGAUGUGGUUGAGCUCAAAGCAAAGCUUACAGAGGCCAAGUCCGCUCUUGCCCAAGCCACGGACGAUCGCAACAAUGCCGUGCGGGAGGUGCAACGCCUCAAGAGCACCUUGUCCGGUCAGGGCCAGGGGAAGCAGGGCGGAGGCGGCUUCUCCUUUGUGACUCUCCUCGUGGUGGCCCUUAUCUUCUUCCUCGUUGGUUUCCUCGGAGCCAAGGGCCUGCUGCCUCUGCCUGGCGGCUCCUCCCCUGCUGGUGCAGCUGGCGAGCUAUGAGCUGGUGGCUGGGCCUUGGGAUCUCCGUGGGUGUACCAGACAAGAGGUGUAACCAUGCAAGCAACAUUGUCAUGCCGUGGGGUGUGUAACAGACCACCAUGGCCGAAAUAGAACUGUUGCAAAUGUUACUUGUGUUAUGUAUGGGGCGUUACGGAGGCAUGAUUCAAGGGCUUGCGAGCUACUAGUGGGGGUUAGGUUCGUGUAGUGAUGUGAGUGACAGAGGUACUGCUAGUACUUAGCCUUUUAGGCUUGUUUUGGGGGAGUUGCCUAUCUAUACAAACUGCCUAGUCUUUCAACGAUAAGCAUGUUUCUAAGUCGACGAACCCUGAGUUUAACUACGU